GGGUAGCUGUGGUGGUGGUAGAACACACAGAUUCAGUUUUCUCCUGGUAGCCGUCGGGAGAAGAUCGUGGUUCCAGAAUUACUUCGACAUUUCUCAAGACCAGACAAGAGGUGAUGGCAACAGUGUGUGUGGUAGGGGCGGGUGUGGUAGGGCUGACCACCGCCACACUGCUUCAGGAGGCGCUGCCGAGGGCCUCUGUCACUCUCAUCGCCGACAAGUUUGGGAGGGACACGACCAGUGAUGGAGCUGCCGGUAUCUUCAGGCCUGGUCUACAGUUCCAGGGAAGCUCUCCUCAGAUGACCAAACAGUGGCUACAGGACUCCUUCAACUACUACCAGCGUCUCCUCAGCUCUCCAGACGCCGCCACAGCUGGUGUUAAGCACGUCACCGGCUACCACUUCUCCUCCAAGUACCCCAAGAUCGUCCAUAACGAGCUGAUGAAGCCCAUCUUGGAGGAGUACCGUGAGUGUACCCCGGAAGAGCUACGUCAACACGGCCACAAGUACGGUACAUUUAUGAAGACUUUAGUGACAGAGUGCCGCCGGUACCUCCCUUACCUCACACGCAAGUUCGAGGCAGCAGGGGGGGUGGUGGUAGAGCGUCACAUAGACAGCCUGGAGGAGCUGGCUGGUCACUACGAUGUGGUGUGUAACUGUUCAGGUUUUGGUGCCAAGGAGCUGUGCCAUGACCUGACUGUGACCCCCAUCCGCGGCCAGGUCUUCAAGGUUCAUGCUCCCUGGAUCAAGAAUAUUUACUACGAAGACUACGACACCUACAUUAUCCCAGGGUUUGACCACAUUACCCUGGGGGGGACGAGGCAGUUCGACUCUUACAAUGCCGACAUUAAUAAGUACGACGCUUUGGGCAUCUGGGAGCGGUGUUUGGCUCUCGUGCCCAGCCUCAUGAAAGCUCAGGUGAUUCAGGAGUGGGUGGGAUGGCGACCUUACCGUCCCAUAGUUAGGGUGGAGAAAGAGGUGAUGACUUUUGACAGCGGGAAAACUUUGAAGGUGGUACACAACUACGGUCAUGGCGGAUACGGUGUGAUGACGUCCCCAGGUACCUCGAUGACCGCCGUCCAGUUGGUGAAGGACCUGCUCAAGGAUCCCCGGGCCAAGCUCUGAGGGGCGUGUGGUGAGGGCCCCUUGAUACGUGUGUGUGAUGAGGGGUUCCUGUGGUGUGUGGUGAGGGCCCCUUGAUACGUGUGUGUGAUGAGGGGUUCCUAUGGUGUGUGGUAAGGGCCCCUGGCGUGUGGUGAGGGCCCCUUGAUACGUGUGUGUGAUGAGGGCCCCCUGAUUCGUGUGUGUGUGGGGGAUCUAGUGAUGUGAAGGUCCCUGAGAUGUGGUGAGGGCCCUGAGGUGUGUGGGAGCCAUGAUAAUGUGAGGGCCCUGCUGACCACAUCUGGGGGCCCUCCAUGAAAGCUAUUCAGUGUAUAAACAUCCCUGCAGGCUAUGACUUAACCCAGGCUCUUCUGUGAUUGGUUGUCAUUUGUCAUCCAUUUUGUGUGAGAUCAUUAGGCUGUUCUCCAAUUGGCUGUCGUCACCAGGUCACCACAUGACGUCAUCCAGUAUUAUACAUCACGGACUUAUUAUUUUGGUUUGUUUAGAGGAGAAAGAAAUUAGCAUCACUGUAUGUGUGUAUGGUUUUAUGUAUGUAUGUAUGUAUGGUUUUAUGUAUGUAUGUAUGUAAUAGCAUCAUAUUAUUAUACACACACAGUUAAGCACAACAAUAAAACGAAACUCCUGUAACCUUCUACAUAAUAAAUUGUAAUAAAACACUAUUCAGCUCAGUGUCCGUCUUAAAUGACUUGACUGACAGAUGUUUUUCCCCGUAAUAUUAUGUGAGGGAGAUAUUCUUGUACCACUCAGUUAUAUCAUUGGUUACUGGGAGAACCUAUUGCCAUAGUAACCUCUCCUCGCCCCUCCCCUCCCCGCCCAGCCGCUCCUCGCCCCGCCCCUCCCCACCGUCCAGCCGCUCCUCCCCCCAUUCCCGCCCCACCUCACUCCGCCCAGUUGGUCUUGAGAAGUGGUUAUAAAGAUGCCGUGUGUAUGUGUAUCACUGUGCGAGUGUGUGUGUGUGUUUGUGUGUGUGUUUGUUUCUGUAUCAGUGUACAUGUAAGUAUGUUCCACGUAUGUUUAUGGGAACAGUUUCAGGUGUGUUAGGAACAUAUACCAACACACCUGAAACACUCUGACACACACCUGAAACACUCUGACACACACCUGAAACACUGACACACCUUAAACA